UGCGCAGCUUCAAUUGGGAUCGCGGCGAUGAAAACUUAAACCAGAUACAGACAAGCGCAGUAGCGUAGAGGGCACUAGUUAAAGUAUUAAUUACGCACAGCCAUCAGAGAAAGCUAUCGGAGUGGUCAAUUGAUUUUUAUUUGCCAAAGAAUAGGCUGGAUAUACAAGACUGUUAUUCUACUUGUGAGAGCGACCGAUUAUACAGGCUAUCCUAUCACUAAUCGCAAAGACAAAUGUUGCAUAUCGACAGCUAGAAAUAGAGUGACUCUGGAGUUCUGUACCCGCACGAAGAAAAAGAGUAACAACUUGAGUUGUAUAACUGCACGCAGUGCGAAAAACACUCUGAAAACAAAGCCGCUAUGUUAAGGGUAGCGCAAUUGGUUUCGUUAAUCGUAUACUUUUACGGACUCUUCGUCGCUGAGGUGACAAGUGAGGGCGCUUUUACUAAAGUCUUACACACGAACUCUCACUACGCUCAGUAUCAGGAUAGACACCUGUUUUAUCAAGGAGACAUCAAGGUUCCCCAUAAUUCCCCUAGACGACGUUAUUCAAGGGCGGCUACGAGUGAUCCCACCAAGCUUUGGCCUAAUAGUGUCAUCCCUUACAGGAUCGCCGAUAGCAUCACUCGUAGACCCGAACAUGCUAAGAUACUGAAAGGUGCUAUAGCAGAGUGGGAGAGAAAAACUUGCCUCCGGUUUAUCGAACGAACCACACAGACUGAUUACGUAGAAUUCUACUAUGGCCAAGGUUGUAAUUCUGAUGUUGGAGCUAUGAAAACGGGCAGACAAACCACGUCUAUUGGGAAGGGUUGCGAAGACCACGGGAUCAUGGUACACGAGAUCGGUCACCUGAUUGGUCUAUAUCACGAGCAAAACCGGCCCGACCGUGACCAGCAUGUAAAAAUAGAAUUUAAAAACGUCCAUCCACAGUACUUCUACGCAUUCGAAGUUAAAGACGCAAACGUGGUUGACAGUAGAGGCGUGCCUUAUGAUUACUAUUCUGUCAUGCACUAUGGCUCUAAGGACUUCAGCAAGAACGGCAGACCCACCAUCUUGUCCAAGAAAGAAGGCAUCACCGAGUUUGGCAACAAUCACAUUAGUCCCUUGGACGCAAAGAUCGUCAAUCUGAUGUACAAAUGCCCAGAACUCAUCCAAUUCCCACGCGACUUUUACUGGCGUCAUAGCGGGAGGUCACGGAUAGACACGAGCUGUAUUCAAGUGAACGAGCCUGAAGACCCAAACAGCUGGGGUAACAACUUCCUCUGCAAAAGAAAAGGGAAAAUGCCGAUCGGUUUAGUUUGGUCCCACACAGGGCGGAUUGACGGGAUGUCUUGCGUUAAAGCUGAGGCGCCAAGUAAAAGUAAUCGCUAUGGAUGGAAUAACAACUACUUUUGCUGGCCAUCCGACAGUGUGUAUAAAUUUACAUGGAUGACGGAGAUCCCUCCGAUAACCAAACGACGCUCGUGUUUGAAGCUAACAGAGCCACGAGAUCGGGUGUGGAGUAGAGAAAGGCAUUACUUGUGCGGGGAGAAGGACGAGUCGCCACUAGACGGCCAUUGGAGCGACUGGUCGGAAUGGUCGCGGUGCUCUCGGCAGUGUGGCGGCGGAGUUCACCGACGUAUACGCGACUGUAACAACCCAAGACCAGCUUACGGGGGGAAAUACUGCGAGGGACUUGCUUACGAGACUGGACAGUGUGGCAUGAAAAGCUGCGGCACCUGGCCGAUAUUCCCAGAUGACUUCGUUUAUAAAGAGUUUAUCUUUCCUCCUGACGACAUGAUUUGUUUGCGAACCUACGAGCGCUUCGAUUAUUUCACGUGGGGUAGAUAUCUGUUUUGUUCUCCUGACGACAAGAAAGAUCCCUUGUUUGAUUGGUCGGACAGUGGACCACUGCCUGGAAUGAAAUGCACUCGCAUCUAUAACCCCGUGGAAUCGCGCUUCAAUCUAAAAACAUGGGACAACAACUUCUUGUGCACUCCGAAAAACUCUCCUUACAACUUAGAAUGGUCACGCACAGGUCCAAUAGAAGGACAAGCUUGUUUACGAUGGCGCCCUAAAAGUGGCAGGGACGGCUGGGAUAACUCGUGGCUUUGUAACAAAUCUCCCUCAUCCAAGGCUGCUGGUGCAAGAAAAGACCCCAUUGAUGGCGCCUGGGGCCAGUGGUCUGACUGGAGUGUGUGCAGUAGAACGUGCGAUGGGGGCUUCCAAAAGAGAGAGCGCAAGUGCGAUAGCCCUGCCCCCCAGCACGGAGGCAAGCAAUGCGAGGGUGCAACGGUCAAAAAGAGGAUAUGUAACCCACAUAGAUGUGCUGUCGACGGCGGAUGGUCUUUUUGGUCGGCAUGGGAGUCGUGCACAAAAACAUGCGGAGGGGGCGAACAGCGAAGAACGCGCACGUGCACAAACCCCGCCCCUCAGAGCGGUGGAGAACCCUGUAAAGGAAGGGACACGGAGAGAAAGCGGUGUAACGACGAGCGCUGCCCUAUACAUGGUGGGUGGUCCUCUUGGUCAUGGUGGGCUCGUUGUACAAAGACAUGCGGGGGAGGCGUUCAAGCCCGAAGCCGUAUGUGUAACAAACCAAGCCCCCGUGACGGCGGAAGGACAUGCCCCGGAAAAACUGUGGAGACGAGAUCCUGUAACAGCAGGGAUUGUCCUAUAGAUGGUCAGUGGGCACCCUGGUCAUCUUGGCGAGCCUGCAGUAAAUCAUGCAGUGGAGGGAUACAAUUGCGCACGCGCCAAUGCACAAACCCGUCACCCCAGAAUGGGGGUCGUCCAUGUUUCGAUAAAGACAAAGAAGAGAGGCGCUGUAAUACCACUCCAUGCCCUAUACAUGGCGGAUGGUCUGCCUGGUUUCCCUGGGGAGACUGCAGUAGGACGUGCAGCGGUGGAAUCCAAAAGCGCAUGCGCGUUUGUACCAACCCUAUCCCGCGGUAUGGUGGAAGUAGCUGUUUUGGAGACGACUCACAGACAAGGUCUUGUGGGACGCAGUCAUGUCCACAGCCGCCAGUUGAUGGUAAGUGGACUACCUGGUCUUCAUGGAGCUCUUGUACCAAGACCUGUGCUGGUGGCAUACAACAACAAACACGGACUUGUACUAACCCCAAGCCACAGAAUGGAGGCCAAGGCUGCGCUGGGAGGAGCACCUUGGAGAGGAGAUGCAAUACUAUGGACUGCAGAGUCGAUGGCAAAUGGUCCUCUUGGUCAUCUUGGCAAACCUGUAGUAGAACAUGUGGCGGAGGAAUGCGGAAGAGAACUAGAUCUUGCACUAACCCUGCUCCUAAGGGAGGCGGCAGGGGGUGUUAUGGUCGUUCAAGUGAACAGCAAAUUUGUAAUCGCCAAUCGUGCAGAGUAGAUGGCAAAUGGUCCUCUUGGUCAUCGUGGCAAACUUGCAGUAGAACAUGUGGCGGAGGAAUGCGGAAGAGAACUAGAUCUUGCACUAACCCGGCUCCUAAGGGAGGCGGCAGGGGGUGUUAUGGUCGUUCAAGUGAACAGCAAAUUUGUAAUCGACAACCGUGCAGAGUAGAUGGCAAAUGGUCCUCUUGGUCAUCUUGGCAAACCUGCAGUAGAACAUGUGGCGGAGGGGCGCAGAUGAGAACUAGGACCUGCACUAAUCCUGCUCCAAUAGGAGGAGGAAGAAGCUGCUAUGGAUCAUCAACUGACAAGCAAUCCUGCAACCCAAUCCCGUGUCGUGUAGACGGGAAGUGGUCGUCCUGGUCGUCCUGGAAACCGUGUAGUCGGUCAUGUGGCGGGGGAUACCGGCGGAGAACGCGAACUUGUAGUAACCCGUCUCCAAUGCAUGGUGGAAGACGGUGUUACGGGCGCAAAUACGAGUACACAAGAUGUAAUAUUCAGUCAUGCAGAAUUGAUGGCCAGUGGUCGUCAUGGUCUGGAUGGGACAGCUGUAGCAUGUCUUGUGGCGGAGGGACUCAGAGCCGGACACGAGCAUGUAACAGUCCAGCACCUAGAAAUGGCGGCAGGCAAUGCCCAGGGCAGUCUGGCCAGACCAGGAACUGCAACUUACAAAAAUGCGCCAUCGCUGCGCGUGGUUCAAGUACAAGUUACUGGGCAGAGUGGGCUAGCUGGAGUGACUGCAGUCGAGAGUGUGGCGGAGGCAGUCAGCGCCGAAUUCGCAAAUGUAUACAGAACGGUCCCGACAAAUGUCCGGGGUGGAACUACAACGAUCGACGGUGUAACACCAACGUUGCCUGUCCAUCAGCAUGGAGCACGUGGGGCGCGUGUAGUGCUAGUUGUGGCGGGGGGAUUCAACAGCGCAGGCGCGUGUGCAGAGGGACGUGUAGAGCGACCACCACAGACACAAGAAAGUGCAACACUGGCGAGUGCCCUCCAGCCUGUAGUGAGACUCAGUCCGGUACAUCUGGCCGGUUGAGGUCGCCUGGGUACCCGCGUCCCUACCCACCCAACCAGGACUGCGUGUGGGUCCUCACGGCCCCCGAGGGUCACAAUGUUCGACUGACGCUGAGAAGCUCCCGCUUAGAAACGGGCACAGGAGCUACGAACUGUCCAAAUGACUACCUUGAGAUCCGGGAUGGCCCUGACGCGAGUUCCCGGAUGUUAGAUAGGCUAUGCGGCUCCACGUUCCCGCGGACGUUUGUGUCGUCGGGACAAAGUUUAUGGGUCAAGUUUCAUUCAAACUACAGGAUCGGCUACAAGGGCUUCUACGGCAGCUGGACCGCAACUCAAGAGACACCUAUUAAAGCGCUAAAAGGCUUAAAGAGCGACCAGGAGGUAUGCGGUGGUACUAUAACCAAGGAUUACGGCAUCCUACGAAGCCCUGGAUAUCCAAACAAAUACCCCGCCGGCCUUGACUGCCAGUGGAAGGUAUUCGCGCGAAAAGACCGAAGAAUUCGGUUCUGGUUCGGGAUUUUUGACAUCUACGAUGAGCGAUGGUGUCGUUACGAUUAUUUGUCACUGCGGGAUGGAGAGUCGUCGAUGGCCCCCUCUCUCGGCCGGCAUUGUGGAAAUAGAAAGCCAGGACCCUUCGAAACAACUGGUAAUAGUUUUCUAGUGAAUUUUCGCACCGCCGACUCACACCGUCAACAGCGCCAAGGGUUCAUGCUGGUGUGGACGAGCUACCGAAGCAGGUCGUCGUUAGCCCCGCGCAAGAACAAGAACAGACAAGAUGCUUGUGACAAUGGUUGGAUCACCCAAGAGGGCUCUUCAUUCUGCUACCUGUCCUCGAAAACCAGGACAACAUGGCAGGACUCAAAAUUACAAUGCAAUGCCAUGAAUGCCGACCUCGUCACCAUAGACAGUCAACGAGAGCAGAACUUCGUACGCACGGUAGCACGCGGCUCCUUUGUCUGGCUCGGCUUCACUGAUCUCAGGACGGAAGGGCGAUGGAUAUGGGAGAGCUCACAUGUCGAGACACCGAAUUCGUUUACUAAUUGGGCGCGAGGUGAACCGAGUAAUGGAGGAGGUAGAAAAGCUGAAAAUUGCGCUGUCAUGAAGCCAAACGGGGAAUGGAAUGACUAUCCCUGCAGUGGUUAUCAGUUAAACUAUAUAUGCAAGAAGAAAAAGAGGAGCUGAAUAAAAACCUUAACAGAGUCCAAGGGGUACGGUUGAGCUCAGCAUACGUACUAGAACACCACUCCAAGAGCAGACUCCAACCCUCUACGCCAAGAGUACCAAGAAAUACCAAGAGAACGAUUGUAUAGAACAUUUACCCUGGCGACACUAGCCAUGGUAACAAAUAUAAAUAUAAAGGAAAAUUUACAAAUAUUGCAGAACUAGAAAAGGAAAUCGCUGAAAGUCUUUGCGCCCAGCGAGAUAGUCGAGUUAGAAACUGGACUAUUUUGGGCAAAAUGCAAGUUCAGUCAGGUUUCAAUGUAUUUCUAUACAGAAAUGUUCAGCACAAUAGUGGUACUUCGGUAUCCUGUACAUAUUAAAGAAUAAAAGGUUUAAACCAUAUAUCAUAUAGUAUAAUAUAAGAUUUACUUGAAAACAAUCAGCUAGCUUUAGCAAGUGCUGUACAAUUAUUAUUAUCAAAUAAAAUCAAAUUUAACCCUUU